AAAUAGAAAGUGUUAAAAAAAUAGAAAAAUAAUUGAGGGAAAAGAGAAAUGAGAUGAGAUGGAAAAACUCAGCAAAUGAACGGAAAUGAAAUGACUUUGGAGGACGAAACAAUGGGGAAGAGCAGGGUUCUGAUAGUAGGAGUGACAGGUAAUCUAGGGUUUCUACUAGCAAAAGCCAGCAUCCAAGCUUCUCAUCCCACCUUUGCCCUUGUCAGAGACUCCGCCUUCUCUGACUCACUCAAAUCCAACAAACUUCAAACCCUCUCCGACGCUGGUGCCACCCUUCUCAAGGGUUCAUUGCAAGAUGAAGCGAGCCUGAUUCAAGCGAUCAAGCAAGUCGAUGUCGUGAUUUGUGCUGUUUCGUCCAAGCAAGUCCUCGAACAGAAGCAUCUCAUCUUAGCUAUUAAACAAGCUGGAUGUAUCAAGAGGUUCAUUCCAUCAGAAUUCGGAUUAGAUCCAGAUAAGACUCAAAUAUCUCACUUGGAUUACAACUUCUAUUCGAGGAAAGCUGAAAUUCGUCGUCUUGUAGAAGCUGAAGGCAUCCGUUACACCUACAUCUCCUGCAACUUUUACACGAGCUACUUACUUCCCUCACUAGUUCAACCAGGCCUUAAGAACCCUCCAAGGGACAAAGUUACGAUAUUUGGAGAUGGAAAUGUUAAAGGUGUUUUUGUAAAGGAAAGUGAUGUUGCUGCUUUCACCAUCGGUGCUGUGGAUGAUCCACGUACAUUGAAUAAGGUGCUGUAUCUGAGGCCCCUGGGAAAUGUCUACUCCAUGAAUGAGCUGGUUGAGUUAUGGGAGAUUAAGAUCAAGAAGAAUCUUGAGAAGAGUUACAUGCCAGAAGAGGAGCUUCUUAAGAAAAUUAAAGAGACUCCAUAUCCGAACAACAUGGAGAUGGUUUUCAUAUAUUCUGCAUUCGUGAAGGGAGAUCAAACAUAUUUCGAUAUCGAGUCGUCUGGUGGCGUGGAGGGGACGCAAUUGUAUCCGCAUCUGAAAUACACAACGAUAAGCGAGUAUCUGGACACCCUAUUGUAAGAAUUUACAUUCCUACUUCGUGAACUAAAUGUAGCUGAUCCUCCUCCUUUUCUUCGUUAGUGUAUAUGAAUCAUUUGGCUAGUUGCUACUGACUUUUGAUAAUGGGAUUGAAUAGUACUAUUUGAUUCACUCAGUAAACACCUGAACUUUGUGAA